AUGGACCAGAUUGAGUGUCGCCUCCGCCACAUCGUCGCCACCCUCUCAGACCGCCUCAAGCGCGCCGAGAGUGCCUUCAUGGAGUGCAUCGUGGGGAACUGGUUCUGGUGCUGGGAGGAGCAUAAUAUCGCUGCCGCCAAGGAGGUGGGGGGCGCGGAUGCUAAAGCACAAAUGGAAGAGGUGGUGAGCGUGGUUCUUUGGGCGAACCGCGUGAGGCGGAGCGUUCUUGUGGACAUAAUGAGCGCAACCACUGUGUACCAGGCAAUGCUGUUUCUUGAAGGCCUAGCCCAAUUCCUCAUUGGCUUCAGAGAGUAG